AUGAUGAUCCGGGACCAGCCUAUUUCUUUCAGCCCAGAUGCUCAAUCUUCCCACUUUGUCUCUUUCAGAUCCAGUAUCGCCUCAAUGCCAAGAUCCAAUUUCACAGCUGUGAUGUUUACCUCUGAGGGCUUCUCCAUUUUUGCGUGGCAUCAUAGACUCAUCCUCUUUGUCAUCUCUUUGGUCUUGUACCUGUUAACUCUUGCCAGCAAUGCUGUCAUCUUGACAGUUAUCCACCUUAACUGUCAACUUCACAUACCCAUGUACUUCUUUCUGAGUGUGCUUUCCAUUUCUGAGACUUGUUACAUCAUAGUUAUCAUCCCCCGAAUGCUAUCUACUCUCCUAAACCCCCAACAAGCCAUCUCCAUCCCAGACUGUGCCACCCAACUCUUCUACCUCAAUUUUGGUAUCAACAACUGCUUUCUGCUCACAACCAUGGGAUAUGACCAUUAUGUGGCCAUCUACAACCCCCUGUGAUACCCAGUCAUCAUGAGCAAAAAGGCUUAUAUACAUUUGGCAAGUGGCUGCUGGAGCAUUGGCCUGAGGACAGCUAUCAUUCAGGUGUCUUCUGUGUUCAGUCUGCCCUUCUGUGAUGCCAACAUCACCUCCCUUUUUUGUGAUAUUCAGCCCCUAAUGAAGCUUGCCUGUGCAGACACUACCAUCCAAGAAUUCAUCAUUUUGCUCAUCAGUCUCUGUGUCCUUGUCCUGCCCAUGGUCUUGAUCUUUAUACCUUAUGUCCUGAUUGUCACCACCAUUCUCAAGAUUUCAUCAGUUGAGGGUUCGAAAAAGGCCUUCACCACUUCUGCCUCACACCUCACAGUGGUCAUUGUUCAUUAUGGCUGUACCUCUUUCAUCUACCGAAAACUCAAAUCCCAAAAUUCUCUGCAAAACAGACUUAUCUCUGUGACAUACACUGUCAUCACCCCACUGCUGAACCCUGUUGUAUACAGCCUGAGGAACAAAGAGGUCAAGAAUGCCUUGCUCAGAGCUUUGGGCAGAAAACCCCUCUAUUAG